UUCCCUCUUAUUGUAGACAUUAUUCACCAUCUAUCACCAUUCUGGGGGGAAAUUCCCUCCUAUUACACGUACAAUACAAAUCGCGUUUUUUGCUCCCGCCAUACACGCCUCCUUCUUCACUCUCCCACACAAUCAAAAACAAAAGAAACAAAGAAGUAGAAAAACAUUACACAAAACCAAGACCCAAUCAAGACCUCAAUAAAUAACAAGUUUCCCUUCUCUCUUCUCUUCUCUUCCCUUCCCUUCCCUUCCCUUUCUUUCUAAACAAACUAUGCUUUCUAAACAAACUAUGCUUCGGCUCUGCUUCAGAACCCGACGCUCUCUCCGUUUCCCUCUCUCCAAUCACUCUCGCCUUCAAUUUUCCUCUUCGCAAAACCCAAUCGAACCCUCAAACAAUCUCAAAAUUUCCCAAAAAGCCCCUCCGCCGCCGCCACCGCCGCCGCCUUCUUCUUCCAUUCAUCACCCUCUCACUACUACCACCACCGCCACCGCCACCUCUGCCACAGCCUCUCUCUCUCGCAAUUCCGUUCUCGCUCUCUCCGCUACACUCCUCUCCGCUUCAAUCGCCUCCUACUACGCUAUCCUCUCCACCUCAGACGAACACAACUCCUCCUCCUCCUCCACUUCUACUAAUCCCUUGUACACCGGAAUCGAACGCGCCGUCAAGAAAUCCUCCGACUCCGUCAACAGAAUCUUCCACCACGCCAAGCAAACCGGCGUCGCCGCCUCCGUUCUCUGGCAGUCUCUCAGCUCCGUCUUGUCCUCCGCCAACCAUGAGGUCCGCUCCGGCUUCGAACUUAGGGUCGCGGCGCUCCUCGCCGACAUUUCCGCUGCCAAUGCCAGUCGCAGGGCCGCGAUCGUUGGCGCUGGAGGUGGCGCCGUCGUCGAUUGGUUGCUUGAGUCCGUGGCGGUCCCCAGGGACGGGUUUGGGACUCAGGCUGAGUCGGCGAGGGCGCUCGCGUACUUGAUCGCCGAUCCUAAUGUCUCCUCCUCCGUGCUUGGGAGGCCUCAUGCUAUUCCCAAGCUUCUCAGGUUCAUUUUCUCAUGUCACCCUCAGCGGUCGAAGAAGCAAUCAAGACGUAGUUCAUUCGAUGUUUCUGAUUCUUUGAAAGGUAGGAGCAUGCUUGUGGCUGCCAUUAUGGAUAUUGUUACUUCCAGCUGUGAUAGUUCAGACAACGUAUCAUUUCAGCCAUCCCUACCAAGGCAUGCUGAAACUGGAGAUAUUGCUGCUGCCAUUCAAGUUCUUGAGGAAGGUGGCAUUCACUUGGAUGAAUCAAAUGCCAAUCAAGAUGAUGAAGAUGGUGGGAAUGGAAUAAAAGGGAUUGGAAUGAAAAUUUUUGGAGGAACUACAGUAUUGGGGCUUUCAAGAACAAGUGAGCUUAUGGAAUUAGGGAUUGGUGAAACCAAUCAUGUACAAUCAGCUAGGCAUACACCUAAAGCUUUCUUCCUACAAAAUAAGCACGAUGGUUCACUAAUGCAAGCUAAUAAUUUGUCUUCUGCUGUUGUUCCUGGUCUUUGGGAUGAUUUGCAUUGUGAACAUGUUUCUGUACCUUUUGCUGCAUGGGCAUUAGCAAAUUGGGCAACGGCAUCAGAGGUGAAUAGGUCUCAUAUUCAAGAACUGGAUCAAGAUGGCCAUGCUGUCAUGACUGCUUUAGUGGCACCAGAGAGAUCUGUGAAAUGGCAUGGGAGUUUGGUGGCGCGGUUGCUACUAGAGGACCGUAAUCUGCCCUUAAAUGAUUCUGUUUCUGAUUGGAGUUCUAGUCUUCUUUCUACUAUUUCACAGGCAAGUAAAAAUGAGGACAUUUCUUUGGCUCUGGUGGCAUUGUCUGCCUUUCAGGUUUCUGUUGAGAGAAGCCCUGAGGCCAAAAAGAUAGUGAUGGAGAAGGGCCUACAUCUAAUGAGGGACACUGCUAAACGAUUGACAAAGCAUAAGCAUGUGCAAGAUGCACUAGCAAAAGCACUAGAAUUAAUUUGUACUGGGAACAUGCACUUAUCCCUUGAAGAGAGUCAAAAGUGGUCUGGUAUAUUGCUUCCUUGGAUUUUUGGGAAAAAUUCCUCAGACACCGUACGAUCUUCAGCCAAAAAGAUCCUUUCUCACAUUCUUGAAGAUUAUGGACCAUCUUCUGUACCAAUUUCUCAAGGAUGGUUGGCUAUUCUGCUAACUGAAAUCCUGGGUUCUGCCAAGACAUCAGCUAAAGGAAACACUCAACCUAAAAAUGACAAAGUGAAGACUAAAAUCGAUCAGUCAAACAUUCUUUCUGCUUCACAAAUUGCUAAUCAAUUAGCAGUUGCUGUUGUUAAUCUGGCAGUGAAGCAGCUGGGAACAGCCACUGGUUCUGUGGAUACAUUCCCUCUGGCAGAUCUUCUUUCUCUGGAACCUUUUGCAGGACCACUGAAAAAUCUAAAGAAAGAUAGCCUGGCUAAGUUUGAUGCUGCAGAUUCUGCAUCAGCAACCCUGAAGGGGAUCAAAGCACUGACUGAAAUUUGUGCUGAAGAGCCUCAAUUUCAGGAAAAAAUAACCGAUUUUGGGGUUUUGUGUCUGUUGAGACGUUUUCUGUUAUGUGAUGAUUAUGAGAAACUUGCUGCAAUUGAAGCGUAUGAUGCAUCCAGAACACUUGAGGCUCAGGAUCGAGUUCCAAAUGGUCAUAGGGAAUCACCUAUUUCUGAUACUAAUGAUUCAUCUAGUGUUCGUGUUCCAGCUACAGCCCACAUUCGCAAGCAUGCAGCUCGGCUGUUAGCUAUCCUUUCACUCCUUCCAAAAGCCCAGAAGGUUAUUAUGGCAGAUGAAACUUGGUGUAAAUGGCUUGAGGAUUGUGCUAAUGGGAAGAGUCCAGGUUGCAGCGACCCUAAGAUACAAAGUUAUGCUAGGGCAACACUUCUAAAUAUAUUUUGCAAUCACCAAAUUGAUAAAGACCAUGUAAAUAAGAAUCUUCCUGAUACUGGUGUUUCAAACAGAGAUAACAAUUGUCCUCGAUAUAAAGAUAUGGUAUUUUUAAUCAAUCCCGAACUUCCCCACUGGAAGUGUCCUGAACAAGUAGAUCAGGACAAUGUUCGAAGGGAUAAAUCUUCGACUCUGGCUACUACUGUAGCCAGUGAGGGUACGCCUGUAAACACACCCCGAAAUGAUGGUAGCUUUUCUAGUUCUGUUGAUUAUGCUGGCUCACAAUCAGAACUGCCUCUUUUGGAUGUUGUUUUUGUCCAUGGGAUCCGUGGUGGGGCUUAUAGGUCUUGGCGCAUAGCUGAGGACAAGACCUCAACUACGUCUGGCUUGGUAGAAAAGAUUGAUGAGGAAGCAGGGAAGCUAGGAACAUUUUGGCCAGGUGAAUGGCUUUCAUCUGACAUUCCUCAAGUUCGCAUGUUUACUCUCAAAUACAAGACAAAUCUCACACAAUGGUCUGGAGCUAGCUUGCCCCUUCAGGAAGUAAGCUCCAUGCUAUUGGAGAAGCUUGUUGCUGCAGGCAUUGGGAAUCGACCGGUGGUGUUUGUGACUCACAGCAUGGGAGGCUUGGUUGUAAAGCAGAUGCUACAUAAAGCUAAGGCAGAAAAUAUAGAUAACCUUGUGAACAACACUGCUGGAGUUGUGUUCUAUAGCUGCCCACAUUUUGGCAGCAAACUAGCAGACAUGCCUUGGCGAAUGGGCCUGGUGUUUCGCCCUGCCCCAACUAUAGGGGAGCUAAGGAGUGGGUCGCCGAGACUAGUAGAGCUUAACGACUAUAUCCGAGACCUUCAUAAGAAAGGGGUGCUUGAUGUCCUCAGUUUCUGUGAGACCAAGGUAACUCCCCUUGUUGAAGGUUACGGAGGAUGGGCCUUCCGAAUGGAAAUAGUAUCAAUCGAAUCAGCAUAUCCUGGAUUUGGCGAACUUGUUGUACUAGAGUCAACAGAUCAUAUUAAUUCAUGUAAACCAAUUAGCCGUUCAGAUCCUUCGUAUACUCGGACAUUAGAAUUUUUGCAGAAGCUGAUAGAGCGUUAUAGGUGACGGCCUUACUCAGUUUUGCCCACUGAAUUUGUGCAAUUAAUCACUAGAAAGUCUGGAGCUGGGCUCCACUGGUUACCAAGAUAGGAGCUGUGGAGGAAAUAUAGCAGACGGUUGCGAGCACAAUUCAUCUGCAAGUCUGGCAGCCUGUAUAUAAGAAUGCUUGCUGAUCUGUUGAGAUGACAUCGGAGGAGGACCAUGGACCUAAUAAUUGGGCCUAAACUGCACAGAGAUUUUUUCUCACAUUCUUUUUGUCUUUUAAUAUCCUCGAUAUCAAUUUCUUCUCCUCCUAACUGUACAUCAUCAUUGUAACCAUUUUUUAUUCUUUGUACAUUGUGGAUAAGCCUCCAUUUAGGUUAGGUUUACAAAGGUGUUGUAUGUACAUGUACUUAAAAGAAACAAAAAGAAAAAUCAAUACAAAUCUACAUUACCAUUACCAUUC